GGUGCUCUUGGUAUACCGGGGCGAGCUAUCACACCCCGAAAGCGAACAUAUAUUUUGAAUUGGAAGGACCGGAAGUCGAGUGCAUGUUUUUCCCACACGGCGAAACCGAUUUUAUAUUGGCAGCAAUAACAAGGAAUUCGCUUAGUUUCCACACAGCAACUUGGCGUCUAACACGUGAGAGAGAGUCUGUGGUGAAAAACUGAUGCAGCGGAGGGUCAGAGAAGAUUCACAGAUUCGGCGAGGAGUAGUGGCUGCAUCGUGGGACUAUUUGACUUUUGCUUUUGUUUUUUUAAAUCAAGUACAAGUUCGAUUAUCUCGUCGAGCACUUUCCCCAAAUAGAAACGCCUUGAUUUUCUUUUCCACAUUUAUUGUUUCUAAUAGCGACUUAACUCACGACCUGUCUGAUGACCGAUCAUCAAAAGAUGUCCGGAGAAAGACCAUCCCCACCGACCAACUGAUCUACGGUCGGUCACGGGCGUGCUGGAGCCUAUCCCAGCUAUCUCCGGGCAGGAGGCGGGUUACACCCUGAACUGGUUGCCAGCCAAUCGCAGGGCUACUUGAAAGCAUUUCUCAAAAAUUGACCGACUGAUGGCAGUGAUGACGAAUGAGACGUGGCCACAUCCAUCAUAUGUGCCCCAUUUUCUCCUCCAUGGUGAUCCUUUUGCUUCAAGACUCUCGAAAGAGGCAGACAUUGUUGCAGCUUUUUACAUCUGCAUUAUUGGUAUUAUUUCCACAACAGGGAAUGGAUAUGUCUUGUACAAAACUAUGAAACGCAAGACUAAGUUGAAGCCUCCAGAGCUCAUGACUGUGAAUUUAGCCAUCUUCGACUUCGGCAUAUCAGUGACAGGAAAGCCCUUUUUUGUUGUUUCUAGUUUCUCCCACCGUUGGUUGUUUGGUUGGGAGGGCUGUCAGUUCUAUGGCUGGGCAGGCUUUUUCUUUGGAUGUGGGAGCCUCACCACGAUGACAAUGGUCAGCCUGGACAGAUACCUCAAGAUCUGCCAUCUCAGCUACGGGACAUGGUUGAAACGGCGUCACGCCUUCCUCUGCUUGACCUUUGUGUGGAUUUAUGCAGCAUUUUGGGCCUUCAUGCCCCUGAUGGGCUGGGGAAGCUACGCCCCAGAGCCAUUUGGGACAUCCUGCACCCUGAAUUGGUGGCUGGCACAAUCUUCUGUGUCCGGCCAAAGCUUUGUAAUGUCUAUCCUCUUCUUCGGUCUUGUCCUACCUACUGGCAUCAUCAUAUUUUCCUAUGUGAUGAUUAUCUUUAAAGUCAAAUCUUCUGCAAAAGAAAUCUCACAUUUUGAUGCCCGAGUCAAUAACAGCCAAAACCUUGAGCUAAAACUCACAAAGGUGGCCAUGCUGAUCUGUGCAGGAUUUUUGAUAGCCUGGAUCCCAUAUGCAGUUGUGUCAGUGAUUUCGGCGUUUGGAGAGCCAGACUCAGUGCCCAUACCCGUGUCUGUUGUUCCUACUCUGCUUGCCAAGUCCUCAGCAAUGUAUAACCCAAUCAUCUACCAGUUUGUGGACCUGAAAAACUGUUCACCCUCCUGCUUGAAGGCCCUGGGGAAACACAGGCAUUUUCGAAAGUCUAGGUUCUACAUGAUUUCCGGCUCACUGAAGGACACACGAGCACCUAAAGAAGCUCACAGCGAAAUGUGAGGCAGACAAACUGUGUGACCUACUUACAACUUUUACUUGGGACAGUUUGUCCUAUUUCCUGUCCUCUGUGCCCAUACAGUGGCAGCCACUGGAUACUAACAGGUUAAUGAAGUUAACUGGCGUUUUUGUUUGUUUAAGAAUUUGCUGCAUACGAACAGAGAUUGUGAGUCUUAGAUUAAUCAGCCAUAUACCAAAUGGUAUCCCUGGUGAAACUCAAAUAACACUCAAAUCCAGACAAGUGUGUAAUAGAGUGGAAAAGGGUUAUUAAAGGAUACUUAAGCAGGCUUCACUGCCAGCGAGCCCCACAUUGUAAGAAUUCUCUCAGCUCUUAUUGACAGUUACAUGUGAUAUCAUCCUAAAACCUUUGUAAUGUAAAGUGAUGUGUAGUUUUUUUCUAUACUGCUUAAAGUUGUACAACAGUUUUUCUGAGCCUUUUGUAAAAGUACUUAAAAGAGCUAUGUGAAGAUGUUUCCCUCCUGGUGUCAACAGCCAGCACUAAGCACACUCUCCAAUCUUAAGUGUUAGGACAUGUCCCACUGUCUUUAACACCUGACUGCCACUGAGCCACUUGCUGUAAUAUAAUGUUUUGCUUUGAUUGACAAAAAAAACAAAACAAAAAAAAACAUAUAUUGUUUGGUGUCAUUUACAACCCCAAUUACAAUUAAGUUGGGACGUUGUGCUAAACAUAAAUAAAAACAAUACAAUGAUUUGCAAAUCAUGUUCAACCUAUAUUUAAUUGAAUACACUACAAAGACAAGAUAGUUUAAAGUUCAAACUGAUAAACUUGAUUGUUUUUAGCAAAUAAUCAUUAACUUAGAAUUUUAUGGCUGCAACACGUUCCAAAAAAGCUGGGACAGGGUCAUGUUUACCACUGUGUUACACCUUUUCCUUUAACAACAUUAAAUAAACAUUUAGGAACUGAGGACAUUAAUUGUUGAAGCUUUGUAGGUGAAAUUCUUUCCCAUUCUUGCUUGAUGUACAGCUUCAGCUGUUCAACAGUCCUGGGUCUCCGUUGUCGUUUAUUACGCUUCAUAAUGCGCCACACAUUUUCAAUGGGAGACAGGGCUGGAAUGCAGGCAGUACCCGCACUCUUUUACUACGAAGCCACGCUGUUGUAACACAUGCAGAAUGUGGUUUGGCAUUGUCUUGCUGAAAUAAGCAGGGGCGUCCAUGAAAAAGACGUUGCUUGGAUGGCAGCAUAUGUUUCUCCAAAACCUGUAUGUACUUUUCAGCAUUAGUGGUGCCUUCACAGAUGUGUAAGUUACCCAUGCCAUUGGCACUAACACAGCCCCAUACCAUCACAAAUGCUGGCUUUUGCACUUUGUGUCCAUAACAGUCCGGAUGGUUCUUUUCCUCUUUGGCCCGGAGGACACGGCGUCCACAAUUUCCAAAACCAAUUUGAAAUGUGGACUCGUCAGACCACAGAACACUUUUCCACUUUGCAUCAGUCCAUCUUAGAUGAGCUCGGGCCCAGAGAAGCCGGGGGCGUUUACACAUUGGUGUCGGUUUUUGAUGCAGUGCCACCUGAGGGAUCAAAUGUCACGGGGAUUCAAUGUUGGUUUUGGGCCUUGCCGUUUACAUGCAGUGAUUUCUCCAGAUUCUCUGAACCUUUUGAUGAUAUUAUGGACCGCAGAUGAUGAAAUCCCUAAACUCCUUGCAAUUUUACGUUGGGGGACAUUGUCCUUAAACUGUUUGACUAUUUUCUCACGCACUUGUUCACAAAGAGGUGAACCUCGCCCCAUCUUUGCUUUUGAAUGACUGAGCAAUUCAGGGACGCUCGUUUUAUACCCUAUCGUGGCACCCACCUGUUCCUAAUUAGCCUGUUCACCUGUGGGAUGUUCCAAACAGGUGUUUGAUGAGCAUUCCUAAACUUGCUCAGUCUUUUUUGCCACCUGUCCCAGCUUUUUUGGAACGUGUUACAGCCAUAAAAUUCUAAGUUAAUGAUUAUUUGCUAAAAACAAUUAAGUUUAUCAGUUUGAAGAUUAAAUAUCUUGUCUUUGUAGUGUAUUCAAUUAAAUAUAGGUUGAACAUGAUUUGCAAAUCGUUGUAUUCUGUUUUUAUUUGUGUUUAACACAACGUCCCAACUUCAUUGGAAUUGGGGUUGUAUAAAGCACUGCACAUAAUUCAUGUUAAAUGUCAGCAAAGAACACAAAUGUUGUUGUUUUUUGUUUUGUUUGUUUUUUGUGGUAGCUAUGUCGGAUUGAUAGUUCACCUUUCUGUAAGAUGAUGAUUGAAUUACAAAACAAAUCCCUACUUGCCAUAUUUGACGCCAAAAUGUUACUAGCUCUGUUGCUUUGACCUGUGUUUAAGUUUUAAUAACACCAGCCGAUUCGAUCACAAAAUAUGCAAAAGCUGCUCUUGUACUUUGUAAGUUAAUUUAUUUUUUUAGGUCAAAGCAGUAUUAACUUUAAGUGAUAGCUAAAAUCACUCUGACAAUAGACAUCUACUUUCGGAUGUCACUGGAGUUCAUCAAUGGCCUUGAACUUGUUUCAGAUUUUAAAAGUUUCGAUCUCAAAGUAUAUUGUCCGAAUGUUUUAUGUUUUUACCGAAAGAAAUUAUUUCCUCACUG